AUGGAGGAAUCUGCUCGACCGGACCAGUCUGCUUCAUCUCUGAGGAUCAUCGAGAACCACGCCUUCUCGCUCAUGCUCGAAACCUCGCUGUACAUCGUAUACAUUGCCCUCGUUCUAUAUCUUGUCUUGAGCCUGUGUUUGAAUCGUAGAACAAGAACACUACCGACCGCCGUCUUGCUCUAUACUCUGCUCAUGUUCGGGAUAUUCUCGGCGUAUUGGAUUCUUGACGUGUACUUCCUCUGGGCAGAGUUCCAUUCGUUCUUCCUACACAUGUCGGGGAGCGCCGAUUUCCAUCUGAGCACAGAUGUUCAUUGGAAAGGAGCAUCUUGGAUCAAUCAGGACGGGCUUUUGAUGCAGUACUUCGCGCCUGUGUAUGCACAGUACAUCGUGCAGUUGAUACUGAUCCUACUCGGCGACUUCGUAUCAUUAUGGAGGGCUUACACCAUCUUCGGGCGGCCAAAAUGGCUCCUCGCGCUUGCGAGCUUCACUGCGUUUGUGGAGAGCGUGGUAUACGUCCUAAUUUUUGCAAGCUCUUCAGCGCAGUACUUAUCGCCCGCGGGCUCUUUGACUGGUUCCGCGAAGGCGCUCGGAGACGCGAGGACGCCCCUAACGUUCUUGGGGUAUGCUUUGACUGGCAUAGCUCAAUUGAGCUCCACCGCCUUCAUAGCAUACAAGGCCUGGAUACACUGGCAGGUCGUUCGCGAGUUCAUGGAUGGUUCUAGCCGACGACGUACUUUUGGUGCACUGGCUAUCAUCAUCGAGUCGGGAGUCAUCUAUGUGGUCUUGCUGACGUGGUACGGCGCUAUCACGUAUUUCGGGUCUUCAAGCUCGCUCUUGGUGUAUACAUGCAGGUUCUAUAGUGCACCGCUCAUCGCGAUGUAUCCUACUCUGGUGGUCGUCCUCGUUGCAUCUCGUCGCUCCGUGUUAGACCGCAGCAUCGUCUCUGCGACGCUGACUGAGAACACGCCGCGGCGUUUCAGCCCGACCCUUGUCGAUAGACGCCACGUCAGUAGGGGUAGCGUGCACGAGCACGCGCAUUCCUCGGAGUUGGGAUCCCUUCCCGGAAUUGACACUAACGAAAAGCUCGCAGUCUGA